ACAUUAGUGGACAAAUAGCACCAUAAAGACCAAGGAACACACCAGGCUGGUAAAUGUCAGGAGAUGUUUAAAGCAGGGUUCGGCUAUUAAGAAAUGCCAAGCUUGAACACCUCAAAGAGCAAUGUUCAAUCUGGAAAAUGAAAAGAUAAUUUCACAAGUUCAAUCCUGCCAAGACCUGGCCGUCCACCUAAACAGAGAGGCCGACAGGGAUAGCAUUAAUCAGUGAAGCAGCCAACUGACGCCUUUUUUGCUCAUACUACUUCACAGGUGCAGCUAAAAAGUCCUGACUGGUUAUCUGAUACAUACUAGCCAGUUAGUUCGGUCAAGUUGAUGACUAGAUGGCCAACAAACCUACUAGUUAGGACUUUGGCUGUCUAGAAGAACGUCCGCUCUUACAGGUUGGACAAAGGUGCUACUAGUUGGUAAAAAGUGCUCAUAGUGUUUUUUCAACCAGUGAAGUGAAAUUCUGAAUUAGUGCAAGUAAAAUCUCUUACUAGUGCACAUAGUCGCAAACUUGUGGGCAUAAACUAUGGCUGAGGUCAAGGGUAUGGGAGAUUUACAAAAACAGCUUGCCAUAACACUGAAACAUGGAUUCAUUUGAGCUCAGAACACCAUUCAACAGUCUUUCUGUCGAUCCUUCUGCACAGACUAGAUGCUUAUCUUAAUCCUUGCAUAAAACACUUGUAGGUUACACGUUUUGACGCAAACUGCACAUUUGUACUUCUUUGUACUUUUUGCACUUAUCAUCCAUCCUUGUAGAUCACAGUAAGGUGUGAGGCCCUGGCAAUCUUCUCCGCUCUUGCAUCAUGUGCUGUUACCAUAAAGAAGGGGGGUUUGUGCGCAUGCUCCAUUGGCUUUUGCAUCGCUGCGCCCUCUCCAUUGGCUGACCGCACCCCCUCUGCGCUCAGCCUUUUCAGCCGACGACCCCGUGAGUGAACAGUCGCCGGCCUUCAGCUUCCCCACGCUGCUCAGAGAAUAACAUGGAGAAAAAGAGCGAGAUCAACGGACACACCAUGCCCAGCUCCGCGUCCACCGCUCGGAUGCUGGAGAACAGCGAGCAGGAGCCCGGCGAGGAGGAGCAGCAGAAGGAGGAGAAGAGGGGCUUCGGGGAGAGACUGGGGGGGUUCCUGAGCAGGAACCUGCUGGUGAUCCUCACCGUGUCCGGCGUUCUGAUGGGCGUUGGGCUUGGCAUGUUGGUCCGCAGCAUGAACCUCACCAAAGCGCAAAUGAGCCACUUCGCCUUCCCCGGAGAGAUGCUGCUGCGGAUGCUGAAGAUGAUCAUCCUGCCGCUGGUGGUCUGCAGCCUGGUUUCCGGCGCCGCCAGCCUGGACACCCGCUCCCUGGGCAAGCUGGGGGGAAUCGCGGUCGCCUACUUUCUGGUGACCACGCUGAUCGCCUCGGGGAUCGGGGUGGCCCUGGCCUUCAUCAUCAAGCCGGGGGUGGGCGCUGGAGCCCUGAACACCAACAGCCUAGGGCUGGAGAGCGUAAGCAGCGACAAGGAGACCACCGACUCCUUCCUGGAUCUGGCCAGAAAUUUGUUUCCAUCCAACUUGGUGGCAGCUGCUUUCCGUUCUUAUGCCACGGACUACAAAACGGUUGCUGUGGGGAACGACACCAAUGGGACAACCCUCUAUCAAAAGGUGCCGAUUGGAACUGAAACUGAUGGCAUGAACAUCCUUGGACUGGUGCUGUUUGCUAUGGUGUUUGGUGUGGCCCUGCGGAUACUUGGAGAGGAGGGAGAGGAACUCAUCCGUUUCUUCAAUGCCUUCAAUGAGGCCACCAUGGUGCUGGUGUCCUGGAUCAUGUGGUACAUUCCCUUUGGCAUCAUGUUUCUUGUAGGGAGUAAGAUCGUAGAAAUGGAAGAUGUGGUUCUUCUGGUCACAAGCUUGGGGAAAUACAUAUUUGCUUCAAUCCUAGGCCACAUCAUCCAUGGGGGCAUUGUUCUUCCCCUCAUUUACUUUGCCUUCACACGAAAGAACCCCUAUAGUUUCCUUUCAGGCCUCAUCACACCCUUCACCACCGCCUUUGCCACCUGCUCCAGUUCAGCAACUCUUCCCUCAAUGAUAAAGUGUGUGGAAGAAAAUAAUGGUGUGGACAAACGCAUUAGCCGCUUCAUCCUUCCGAUUGGAGCUACGGUGAACAUGGAUGGAGCAGCCAUUUUCCAGUGCAUUGCUGCCGUCUUCAUCGCACAGCUCAACAACACUGAGCUGAAUGCUGGACAGAUCUUCACCAUCUUGGUAACAGCCACAGCCUCCAGUGUUGGUGCCGCUGGCAUCCCAGCCGGCGGCAUCAUCACCAUCGCCAUUAUCCUGGAGGCCAUCGGCCUGCCAACCAAUGAUCUGUCCCUCAUGCUGGCCGUCGACUGGAUUGUGGAUCGUACUACCACAGUGGUGAACGUGGAAGGCGACGCUCUGGGUGCAGGAAUCCUCCACCACAUCAACCAGCUGGAAACAAAGAAGCACCAACCGGAGGUGGCAGAGGAGCUGGAAGAGGUCAGGGUUGAAUCUGUGGCCAACGUUCAGGCGGAGGAGGAGACGUCGCCGCUCGUCAUGCGUCAAACCAAAAUCUUGGAUGGCAUGCCUGAAGCCAUCGAGUCUGUCCUGUAGACUCAGACUUUACUUUCUUGACCGUCUGACCAUUUGGCCUGAGAUUUAUGAUGUUGCUGCUGAUCGGGCAUCAGUGUGAACCGAUGUCUUUAAAAAAACAAUAACUAAACUAACAAAAAAAAAAAAAAAACAAAUAGAAAAGUUUGCAACUUUGAAAAAUUCAGAAAUAGCCUGUAAAAUAAAGAGUUUGCAUUGCAUCCAGGAUUCAACUUCAGGAUAGUACAUAAUGCAAUUCAGAAAUAUUUUUCUAAUCAAAAACUCAAACUGUUAGUGAUUUAAUUUUUGUUUAGUAUUUUCACCCAUAAGUACACUUUAACUCUAAAAUAGGCCAGAAACAUUCCAAUAAAUGUUGAAGAUCUGUUUGUUACACUUAUAGUGGCUCUCAAAAGUACACACCACCCUGUUGAAAUGCCAGGCUUGUUUAUGUAAAAAUUAUACCUUAAUAACUCAUUUAAACACAUUUCCCACAUAAAGUGUAAUGUAUCCUGUGCCAGUCAAUUUAAAACCAAAAAAUGAUGGGAGGAAAAUUAUAAAACAAACAAAAAAAAACAAUCAAUUUGCCUGGUUGCAUAAAUGUGAACACCUUGAAACUUCUAAUUUGUUGAAGUUCCUUUUGAUUCUGUUUCAGUGGUCUUGAUGUUACACCUGCUAUCAAUUCUAGUGAACUAUAGACCAAUCUCCAAUGGUUGUAUUUUUUUGAUCUUUGCCUAUUUGCAUCCUUUAGCUAAAGCCACAGCUUGCAGAGAGUUUUCAAAAAAGCAAAAGGAUCUGAUUAUAUAAAGGUAUCAGUCAGGAGAAGGGGACAAAAAAUGCCACAGUAUUAAAUAUUUGUACACCAUGGCACAGUGAAGUCUGUCGGCAGUAACUGGCAGAAAUAGGGGACGGCUUUUUGGGAGAAUAUGUUAUGGUUUGAUGAAACAAGCAUGAACUUUGGGUGACAGUUCUCCAAGAUGUGUGUAGCACAAAAAAUCGACUAGCACACUACUAAAAGAACACCCCACCUAGUCUCAAACAUGGUGUUGGCAGCAUCAUGCUCGGGGGUUACUUUGCUCCAGAGUUUAUUUUUUUGUCAAAAUGGAUGAAGUUAUGAAUACUUCUAACUAUACACCUUCAGGUGUAGCUAAAAAGCAAAGAUGAAGAUGGAUUUUACUUUUCAGUAUCACAGUGAGUUCGAAGAUACAUACAAAUCAACAAAAGUGCUGAAACUGAUUAAGCAAAGGAUUAGUUUAAGGGUGUGCAGACCAAUUGUACCUUCUUUCUUUCUUUCUUUCCCUUUAACAAAUUAGAUUAUUUUUACAGUGAAUUGUACAGGAUAUGUGUCUCAUUCUGUUUUUCACAUCACAAAAACUUGGUAAUUCAACAGGAGUCUGUACACUUUGAAAUCCUGCUGUAGUGUACGGUGCUAACAGCCUUUAGUGUUCUGUUUUCUGAACAUUACUGGGUUAAUUUUCUCUAUUAAUCAUUAAAAAGUAAAAAAAAAACAAAAAAAAAACAAAACAACCAUUGACCUAAUAGGAACAAAUUCUUGACAUUGUUUUAACUAAAUGAUACAUUCCAUCGAUUGAUCAUGCCUGAUGGAAAUGGAGAUGAUUAUUUCAGAUGAAAAUAACAGAAUCUCUGUUCCGUAAUUAGGUGGAGUUGAGUUUGAAGCUGUGUGACUCCAAAUUGUGAACGGUAUUUUUUCCUACAAUGUUUAGAAGAUAGUUGGGCUUGUGUUGACAGACAGUUACAGCAGGCAAAUGCGGCCCAAAUCCAAUUUUUUAUUUUUUUAAUUUAUUUUUUGUUUUGCCCAUACAAGACCCAUUUCUGACUUUUUCAGCGGCCCAAUUCCGAUUUUUUCACCUCCAAAAAAAUCAGAAUUGUGCCACUUCCAAAUGUGGUACUAAAUUGGAUACGUCUUUAAUACUUUUCAAAGGGUUUUGUAGUCUGAGCGAUUUCAUCCGACUUUCACUUCAUUGUCCUGGCUCCAACUUUGCAUCCACACAGAUUUCUCUACAGAAAUAGCAGUCACUGCUCCACGAAAGGCCAUUGUUAAGAGUUGUACUCUCAACUCUUUUUUCUGACCUUUCUUCGUCUUGUUAUGAUGUGGUCAUAAUAUUGUCGACUCCCAUUGCUCAACUAGCUAAAACAAUUAUACACAGAGACCGGCAUCCAUUUUUACUUACAGUGUUCUGCUGUGUGACGCAAUAUUCUAUUUCUGUGCAUGUGGGUUGCUUUGGAGUCGUGAACCAUUUAGACUUAAGUUUGAUGGUGGUUGCAAUUAAAUGGUGUGAACCAUCAUGUAAAAAAAAAAAAAAAUUGCAAUUGAGCUCCAAGACCUGCCAUGUGACAGUAUACUUGGUCACGCAUCAACUCUGAAAAUGAACAAUUAGGUAUUGGGCCUAUCUUUCGGUUAUGCUUCAUGCUACAUUAUCAGUGAAACAUUGGCUAAAUAUGGUCAAACAUGUAUGGCCUCAUGUUAAAAAGAUCACUGAAAUCCCCCUGAAUGCUCAUUCUUGUGUAAACAGAAGAUUGUAUUAUUUAUAUAAUCAUGGUUUAUAUCUCAGUUUUUCAGCUUUUAGUGGGUUAAAAAAUAACGGCUACACUAACCUCAGCACAGCUAGCUUGGUAUUGCAACGAGCUGCUGUUAAUUCCUAUUUAACAAGUUAGCAUCUUAAUUUUCUCUUCGAACUUAAAUUAAUCUUUAGAUUAAUCUUUAAUUAAUCUUUAGAUUAACCUUUAAUUCAUCUUUAGAUUAAUUUAAUAAAAUAUCCGGUAGCUUUUUUGCUAGAUGUUUUUGGAAAGUAUGUUGGCAAGGAAUUUGAAAUGGAGUUGUACCUGUAUGCUAGCUAGCUAGCCAGCUAAAGCAGUGCUAAAAUGCAGCUAACAAUUAGCUUAGGUUAAUAUUCUUAUUUUAGCUGACAGUUUAUUUAGUUAACAUUCCUGACAGACACAACGGACUUCGUUAAAAUAAGUUGCAAGCAUUUCUAACUAAGCAUGUGGUUUCAUAUAUUGGGACAUUAAUUGAUGCCUAACAGUCAUCUAACGGUUUUACUGUAAUUGUUCACAUUUUGCUGAAAAGGUGAAACUUUGCUUGUAGAGUCUAUGAAAGUAAACAAUACUAAAAUGGCGCUUGUUAUGGCUGUCAUUUUAGAUUUAAAUAUGGCUGCCAUCUGUACUUUUACUCUUCAGGUACACAGAAAACUAGCAAGAGCACUGUAAAACCUAUACCUCUGAAAGACAUAUUUCAGAUGUCAAAACUAUCACUAUAAAAUGGUCUUUUGUAAAUCUGCAAAGCCGCUAGAUGUCUAGUGAGAUGAUUAAAAAAUGUUGCCCGUCUUGAAAUCCAGGAUGUAUCUAUCCAGACAUAGAGUGUAAAUUUUGAGAAUAGUGAUGUAUUUACAGACUCUGGGAAAAAAGUGUACUAAUGUACACAGUUACACAAAGGCAGUUUUACUACCUUUUUCUAACUUUUGUGUAACUAAAUACCAAUUUUUACUUGGUAAAAAUUGGUAUUUGGCAGCCACCUUUAAAUUCAAUAUGGAUGCUAUGAUGGUAUUGAGAGC